ACAUCCUUAUUGUAUAUGCACGAAGAAAACUAAGUAUAUUUGUUUAAUUUUGGGCAAAAUAACAAUUCUCUUGAAAAAAUGAUACUGAGCACGUUAAAAAACGUUGGUCAAUUGACCAAGAGGAUAGUAAAGUCACCUAUGACUCAAAGAACUAUGUCUGAGCAUAGAGAAUUUCCUUUACUACCAAGUAAAUAUACUUGGACAAAAUUCAAGGAUUUGGUGCACUUUUAUGUAAUGCUUGGUGUUAUACCUUCCACACUGGUGAUAACUUAUUGCAACGUCUUUAUUGGACCUGCCACGUUAUCUGAAAUUCCGGAAGAUUAUACACCCAAAUAUUGGGAAUAUCAUAGGCAUCCUAUCACUAGGUUUAUUGCAAAGUAUUUGACAGCAAAUCCACAACAAGAAUAUGAGAAAUAUUUGGCUCACUUAUAUAUUGAAGAUGAAAAAAGAUGUAUAAGAAAACUGGAAGAGAAAAUAAAGCUGAAAAUGAAGGAGAGGGAUGAUUAUCAAGCAUAUUACUAUCGUCCUGUUCUGGCCAAAUAUCACAGAAGGGUCAAACAAGCUUCAGACUAUAUUGAAUCAAUUCAAGGAGAUUAAUCCAGAGAACUCAUUGAAAUUAUUCUUGUAGUGAAUCAUUAAAAAAACUUAGAGUAAUAA